AUGUCCACUUCAUCAACGAAUAACAAUAAUAAGAAGACACUAUACGUCGGUGGCCUUGAGGAUAAUGUAACACUGGAUACUCUCAGGGGUGCCUUCAUCCCAUUUGGUGACAUAGUCGAUAUCUCUCUUCCAAUGGAUCACAAGACACAUAAACAUAAAGGAUUCUGCUUCAUUGAGUUUGAAUCAAGAGAGGAUGCAUUGGAUGCAAUGGACAACAUGAAUGAUAGUGAGAUAUUCGGAAGGACUAUCAACUGUACAAUAGCAAAGCCAACAACUGUCAAUAAGAAUAGAGCUGUUUGGAGCAGUGAGAACUAUAAAGAUGAGACAGGUGGUAGUGAAGAGACAGGUGAUGGUCGCGAUCAACAGAAGGAGUUUAUAGAGGAGAAGAUGAAGGAGGCUUUGGCUGCCAAUAGCAAGUAG